GAUACGAAACUGAAAGUGAUAUGUUAUAUUUCCCAUCAUUUUCUUGUUGACUUACUGUAAGACAUUCUCGGUAAUAAUAAGGGAAAAAAAGAAUUGAAGACCAUGUGAUUGACGUUGGACUCGUAGACGGGCGCCGUUCAACCCCCUUCCGCAGCAACCACCCUAUAUAUAUGUUUUCGCGCCAAACUGGCUCCUAUGUUAGGCUAACCAACCAGAACAACGACGUACGGGUGUCCAUACCUGCCUACCACCAGCGCAUCAUCGCCGGCGGCCCGCCGGCCGCUACAUUAUAAGAAGAGAAAAAGGCGAGUCUUCGAGCUGGAGUCCACGCACCCAUCAUCGGCCUUUCGUGCCACGCAGAGACCGGCCGGCCGUCAGCCGUCGUCAAUGUCGAGGCUGCAGAGGUCGUCGGUGUCGUUCCGGCGUCAGGGCUCGUCGGGCCGCAUCUGGGACGACCCGCUGAGAGGCCUCGACCUCAAGGGGCUGUCGACGUCGACGACGACGACACCCAGCGUCGUCCUCGCGGGGGACCCUUCGCCCCGCGUCGUGUCGCGCUCGCUGAUGCGCCACAGCGGCUGCGGGGGCGGCGGCGCCGGCGCCGCCGCAUCGGCAGGCGUCAUAGUGGAGAGCCCAGACGUGGUGGCCUCCGCGUCCCCGGCGGCGGCGGCCAGCGUCGUCGUCGUCGUCAGGGCAGACGACGGCGAGCGCCAGGAGAGGCCCGCGAGGCGGCGGCGGCGGAUCUCGUCCGCGUUCUGCGCCUGCAUGGGGCAUCCCCCGGCGUCGCACGCGCAGCAGUAGGGUGCGCAUCUACCUGCACUGCAUGCGGUUGGGAAUUGGGAUGGCUGGCGCGCGGCGACGCAUGCAUAUGCAUAUGCAUGCGUGCUGCUUGUUGGGGUUCUCCUUUCUCGCGACGACGCAAGCGGCCGGCAUCGUGUGUGCAAUUGUGAGAUUGUGCUUGUAAAUUUUUUUUCUUUACUCUUUUGUAUGGUCGAGGUUCGAGGAGAUCAUAGAAGAAUUAUCAAUUGCGUUGCACUCGGCACGGGCUUCAGUUUUGUGUAGGCUGGUCGGUUAAAAAUGUUAAAACUUGUAUAUGUGGCGAAUAGAGUGAAAAAGACUGAAAGGUGUGUUAUAUUAACACCACUA